UGCAUUUCCGGUUCCGGUCUGGUCACAUUUAAAAAAAUCAACAUCAUUUUGGUUUAUUUACAGAUUUAUAAUGGAUUUAAAUGAAUCUGAUAUAUUUAAUGCAGUUCUAGUGUUUCUAUGGGUAAUGUACGCAUGGGAGACGUAUCUAUCAAGCCGACAGAGAAAUCUCUACCGCACUGUGACUGAAGUGCCCCAAGAGCUGGAAAAAGUCCUAGAUGCUGAGACAUUUGAGAAGGCACGUCUCUACUCGUUGGAUAAGAGCGUCUUUGGAUUCUGGCAUGGCAUAUGGGGACAAAUUGAAUCAACAUUAAUUCUCAUCUAUGGUGGUAUGCCCUUCCUGUGGAGGUUUUCUGGACAAGUCCUUGAAUAUUUUGGAUACAAUAGUGAAUAUGAGAUAAGUCAAAGUAUGGUGUUCCUGUUGGGUGCGACACUAUUCAGCACUAUAACUGGGUUGCCAUGGAGUCUCUAUAGUACCUUUGUCAUUGAGGAGAAACAUGGAUUUAAUAAACAGUCUCUAGGGUUUUUCUUGAAAGACAUGGUGAAGAAACUGGUUGUCUCCAUGGCACUAGCAUUACCCAUUACUAGCCUUCUCAUCUGGAUCAUUAAAGUUGGGGGAGACUACUUCUUUAUAUACGCCUGGGGUUUCUCUUUGGCAAUAUCAUUGAUAUUGGUGUCCGUGUAUGCUGACUACAUUGCUCCAUUGUUUGACAAAUUCACUCCCCUCCCUGAAGGUGAACUGAGGACAGGUAUUGAGAAGCUAGCUGCCAGUAUUGAAUUCCCCCUCAAGAAACUCUAUGUCGUUGAUGGUUCGAAAAGAUCAUCUCACAGUAAUGCCUAUUUCUAUGGUUUCUGGAAGAACAAGCGAAUUGUUCUAUUUGACACACUCCUUGAGGACUAUGCCAAAGAAGAGGAUGCCAAGAAAACAGAUGAGUCAAAUGAGGAAUCUGAAUCCACCAAAGAUGAGAGCACCACUAAAACAGAAGACACCCCCAAUGAUACCACCGAAGAAAAACCUAAGAAGAAAGUAGGUUGUAAUAAUGAAGAGGUGUUAGCAGUUCUUGGCCAUGAGUUGGGCCAUUGGAAACUUAACCACAAUCUAAAGAAUCUCCUUAUAGGGCAGGUGAAUACAUUCCUAUGUUUUGCUAUAUUUGGCUUGUUGAUGAAGGAACAGAAGUUAUACUCUGCGUUUGGCUUUGACAGCAGUCCUACAAUGAUUGGACUUAUCAUCAUAUUCCAGUUUAUCUUCUCACCAUAUAAUGAGGUGCUGUCUUUCUGUAUGACAUGGCUGAGUAGGAGAUUUGAGUUCCAGGCUGAUGCCUUUGCAAAGGGUCUUAAAAGAGCUGAGGCCCUCAGAUCAUCCCUUAUCAAACUCAACAAGGACAAUCUGGGCUUCCCAGUGGCCGACUGGCUGUUCUCUGCUUGGAACUACUCCCACCCUCCCCUCAUAGAAAGAUUGAAAGCCUUGGAUAAAACUGAGUAACUGAGGAAAUGAAUAGUAUUCUGGUCAUCUGGACCUCGUUGUGAGAUAUUAUGGAUCAUGAUUAUUGAAUUUCAAUCCCUUUUCAUUUGAUUUGAUUAAAAUCUUUAUAGGCCUACUGGAUAUGAUCAAGAACUAGACGCGGUGAUAAUUAACAAUUAUUUAACUUUGGUAAAAUCAUGGAAAUUGAACUUCACAAAUUAUCAUCUGCAAUAUUUUCAAGGAACUAGCACCAGUUAAGCCUGUGACUAUUUGAAACAUAUCACUCAUAUGUGAAACAUUGUAUUGUCAAGUUUUUGUGGUAGUGCAGAGGUUUUAUUACGAUUUAUGACAUUAAACAGGGAAAAUGGUUAGAACCAAUAAGGCAAAAAUAUAGGAAAAUAAAAUUUUGAUACGGAAAAUGUUGCACGAAUUCCUUGAAACAACAGGUGAAUUUUUUAAAAUACUUGACAAAAGAACGUUUUAGCAGGCAUUAGUAUUGUAAUGUGUACUGUGCAACAAUAGCAUUGCAUUCUGGAUUUGUCAUCCUCAAGAAGUAGGUUACAACAUCCAGAAAAACUACUAUUUAAUUGAUGAUUUCUAUAGCUCUACGUUCUUUUGCUCGUAUUUGCUCAUUUUUCAACAAUAUUGUUUUGUUUAUAUUUUCUAUGAUUCCUGGUUAGGGGUUUUCAUUAAACGCAAUUAGAAGUUUCAGUAUUUAAAGUGACACUGUCUCUUGUUGUAUAAGUUGUAACAUUUCAGCAUAACUCUUUAUAUAUUAGUUUUUAUAUGAACAGAUCUUGGAUAUAGCCUCCAGUAAUCUAAGGAUAGUAUGAGUGUAAUAGUUGGUGGACUAAAAUUGUGCAAAUUAUCAUUGACUGUAUAUGGAUCACUACAAGCCUUGAAACUCACUGAUUGUGAUAUUACUACUAUAAUAUUUAAAGCAAUGUAAUUGCAUUCAUUUGAAUCUUUAUAUGCGUCUUAAAAUAAAACGAUAACUGAUAAUAUUUUUCUGUUCACAUUUUAUCAACCAUGACACG